AUGUUCGAGUCCGAGUGGAAGGAAGUCGUUAAAAUACCAUACGGACCGUGCAUAAUUGUACGGACGGGGAUUGAUUACGCUAUUCGAGGAGAGUUACGUCUACAGUCGAAAAGAGCGAAGGGGGAGGACCUGUCCUCACUUCUCAUCGACUACCGAAGAGAAUUAGCUACCCAGCAAUUAGAGCCCCGAGUCCGAAUACCAGCAGCAGCUAGCGCACCGACACCAUCGAAACAUUGA